GAAUGGGGAUGUGUGUGUGUUGUGCUUGUGUCUUUGUGUGUGUGUGUGUGUGUGUACUGGUAUUGAGCUCAUCAUGAAGCUGUUAAAAGGUGUGCUGCUGCACUCUCUGGACUUCAACAGUGUCUACUGUCUCCUGUCUCUGAGGAAUGCCAAGAUCCUAGCAGACUACUUUAAACUACUUGAUGUGCACAACACAAACACCCUCAAUGAUGUGCAGUUCAGCCACUUCAUGCGAGAGGUCACGACCUUUGAGGAGGGCAAGAUCAUGAUGACCUUUGACAUGCUGGAUUGGAACGCCAGCGGAACCAUCGGGUUCCAACAGUUCUACAUGCUCGUCUGCAUUCUACUGAGCAGUCAGCAUAACGUUGAGAAGAAUUUUAUCUUCCGCCACUCCCGGCCGGUGUUUGAGCUGUUGGAUAUGGAUGGGGGGCGGACCAUCUGCCCAGCAGAGUUCCGAAGCUCCGCCUUCCUCUUCAACCUGACAGGCCCCGCCCUCAAGAAGAUCUUCACAGAGUUUGACGUCUCCGGAGAUGAGCAUCUGAACUAUAAGGAGUUUAAGAUGUUUGCGAUGGCCUGUAUCUACAUGCAAGAGCAGGAGAAGAUGAGACUGCAGAGCUUCAGAGGAUUCAGACGCUCCCUGAAGCGCAGGCUCAGCAACAAGUACGGGACCAUAUUCUGAACCAUUAAAGACUAUUUAACACA